CGGCUCCCAGAAGCCUCCGGGGCGGUUCGCGGGGAACGUACUUCCUGGGAAACUGAGAGGGAGAUCUUUGAGAGGCUCCUCGGUGUGGGCGAGAAGAAUGCCUUGGGUGUGAGGAACAGGCCCAGACCCCCUCUUCUCUUUGUUCAGAGGUGCAUAUAUUUCUUCUAAGUUGAUCAAAGUUGUAGAACUAUCAAGUACCUCAAAGAUUUGACUGACAGUGCUGCACCAGCCUGCCUGCCAUGGGCUGUCGGGAUGUCCAUGCAGCCACAGUCCUCUCCUUCCUGUGCGGGAUCGCCUCGGUAGCUGGCCUCUUUGCGGGGACUCUGCUUCCCAACUGGAGAAAAUUACGACUGAUCACAUUCAACAAAAAUGAGAAGAACCUGACUGUUUACACAGGCCUGUGGGUGAAGUGUGCCCGAUACGACGGGAGCAGCGACUGCCUGAUGUACGACACUGCUUGGUACUCAUCGGUUGACCAGCUGGACCUGCGAGUCCUCCAGUUUGCCCUGCCGCUCAGCAUCCUGAUCGCCACGGGUGCCCUGCUGCUCUGCCUGAUCGGGAUGUGUAACACGGCUUUCCGGUCUUCUUCAGUGCCCAACAUCAAACUGGCCAAGUGUCUGGUCAAUAGUGCAGGCUGCCACCUGGUGGCCGGGCUGCUCUUUUUCCUGGCAGGUAUUGUGAGCCUCUCCCCAUCCAUCUGGGUCUUCUUUUACAACAGUCAUCUGAACAGGAAGUUCGAGCCGGUCUUUACGUUUGACUAUGCAGUGUAUGUCACAAUCGCUAGCGCUGGGGGCCUGUUUAUGACCUCCCUCCUCCUGUUCGUUUGGUAUUGUGCAUGCAAAUCUUUGCCUUCUCCUUUCUGGCAACCACUGUACUCCCAUCCUCCCAGUAUGCACACGUACCCACAGCCCUAUUCUGCCCGCUCCCGCCUCUCUGCCAUUGAAAUUGACAUUCCAGUAGUUUCUCACACCACUUAACGGAGAAAUAGUUGUUAAAGAAAACUUUUAGCCUCACAUUUCUCUUGUACAAGGAGCUGUUUCAGACAAUAACACAUUUUCAUUUGUUUCUGACCAGUCUCUGAAGCCAAAUUUGUGUGUUCUGGUAGAGUGAAGUGCUGCUAGUCUUAUGAAAAGUACAUUAUUUUAAAUGUGAAUCAUUUCUUGUAUCUUGCUUCGUAUGCUAGGAGGACUUUUAACCUCCGAAAUGAUACCCGAUCCGUAAUUCAAGUGGAAAGGACCCGUGUCUCAACUGAAAUGAUGUAGAGCAGCAUGAUCAUGUAAAACUGAUGGCUGAGAGAAGCUGUUGGAUAUGAUCUUUAUGAGUAUUUCGGAACGUGUGUUGUCCUUUCUCUGCAAUACCUUAAACCAGUAAAAAACAAAAAGGGGCAAUUUCAGAUAUAAGAAAUGUCUUUCAGUAAGGGUAAUUGAUACCUUUACAGUAGUCUAGCUAGACUGCCAGCUUAAGGCUGUGGCUUUUCUUAGUUCUCUCUCGGGGCUAAUUGUAUUGGAUAGAGUUUGGUAUUUUGAAGAUUAGGGUUUUUCCUGAGUUCCUUCUACCUCAUGCCAGUGUUUAAAAAUAAAAUGCAUUUUAAGUGAUAGAGAAAAUAAGCCUAGCAUUAUAAAUAUAUAUUGGUAUGGAUAACAUUUAACAAUUUUAAGAGUUAAUGAUUUUAUAAAUUGUAUUCUUGGAGUUAAAAUGUGCCAUGAGAUGGAUUGGUGCUUCCUCUGAGGCAGAAAAACAUUUUUUACCGAUACCAUCCACCAAGUGGUACUCGUGCCCAUGUAUAAUCUCUUAGUGACUGAGGGAAAAAAAUCAAGAGGCUGAAGUGGUUUGUUCACUUCUAGACAGUGGCAAGGGACAAGCCUCUGUUCUUCAGUGACAAGCAUCAGAGGUUCACUCUCGUGACUGCCUUUCGAGUGAAGGGUGAAGUAAGGUAUGUCUUCACCGUGACCACGUUCACUCUUGACUCAGUGCCUGCCCCCGUCACUGAGCAUUUCCUCUAGCGCAUAUCUGUGCCCAGCCCUUUAGUAGGUGCUACAGAGGAUACACGAAAAGUGUGCAACUGUGUCCCAUUCACUAAGAAAUGGGAACAGUCUGACUUCAUUGGUAGCUGGUCUUAACUCCGAAAUCAUUGAUCCAGGAAUAUAUUUUAACCAGAGACAUGGCUUUCUGGUAGACAAGCUUAUUGAACAAUGCCAGUGAUGUUCUGGAACCUAGAAAUUCAAUUUAUUGGAUCCUUUAGAGCACCUGUGUUAGCCUAGAAACUGUAAUAACACUAUAUAAGAUUCAUGAGAACAGGAAAAAGUGGUAGAGAAAUUAAAUGUUUACCGGUACUUUUCACCUCUAAAAAUGUGUUGAUGAGAGAGGGGUAUUUGAAAUCUUUUCUAAUGGGCUAAGAUUCAGAUGAAAUUGUUAACACUGAGACAGAUGCUUAGGAGUUCAGGGAUAUUGGGUCUUUACCCUUGUGAAUUUGAGCUGCUUACUUAAUCGGUGUAAUUUGCUACAAAUCAGUACUGUGUUCAUAAGGAUUUUGUUCCAGUAACCAUUAUCCAUUAUUGGGCCUUUUAGCAUUGCACAAAUGGUUAGUUGCAUGGUAAACAGAUUCUUAUGCUUCUGCAAAUUUGAGUAUGAUUCUGGUACUUCGUGGGUGUAAGUGGUACUUUUUUUUUCCUAAUUCCAACACUGGUUUAUGUAUUUAGCAAGUAAAUUCAGGUCUAUGAUUUCUAAAUGUCGUUCAGAGAAAACAUGCAUGACUACAGGCUUUUAGUUACAGCUCCUGAUUUCCUUCAGUUCUCUUCCUUUUAACUGUUCUUAGAUUGAGCUGAAUCUUGAUCAUUCCAAGACAAUGGCAGGUAGAAUUUCGAGAUUAAUAUUAAUUUCCCCCUUUACUAAUUAAUUUCAGUCCCCUCUCUCACUCACUUUGUCCAGAAGUGUCAAGAAUUCAACCCUCUCUUUGUUCUUUGUAUAAACAAUGUUAUAGAAAAGUAGAAUUAACCAUUAAUAUAUCAGAGAGUUUUAGCCCAUGGGAUCAUAAAUAUAAAUGUUAACUUUUCCUGCAAGAAUCUUUUGGAUUCUCUACAUAAUGUCACCUUAAAUGGAUAUUUAUUAUAGAUUCACUAGACAAAACAAACAGCUGUUUCCCUCUUUGUCCAUAAUAUUUCAGAUUUGCUAUCAGUAGCUAUUUUUCAAAGCCAUCAAAGGAAAGCAAGCAUUUACAACUCCUUUUUGUAACUUUUGAGCACUCAUCAGGCUUUCAUUGUGAUGGGGGAUCUUUUUGUUUUCACGAGCUUAAAUUAAGGGCCUUUUGCAGAAGCCAGCUCGAAAAGAAACCUUAAAUGUGGUACGAUGCACCAUUUGGUUUAUCCUGUGUGGGAGAAAAGAACCCUAAGUUUACUUUACUUGUAAAUAUUCACUUUAGUAGAUAAUACGUUUGUUGUAAGCUGCAAUGUAAGACCUCGAUAAAAUUGCACUGUACUUCUUGAUGUUAUUAAAAGAUG